GUAGGUCACAAUAGGUUUGUGUUGGGGUCUAAGGGGUUUUUAGGGCCCUGGGGAAGUUUUGACAUGCACUGACAUUUGUGCUUUUUUCAGAUGCUUAAAAACAUAUUAAUAUCAAAAGUCUCAUAACACUGCGUUCAGCACAAACUGGGCUACAAUAUUAUAUAAUCAACAUGUAUUUACAUGUUUGUAUUUUUGAGAUAAAAAUGUUUAUGCAUGGUUUUUGAAAAAGCUAAAUUUGUAAGUCACUGAUAGAAGUCCACAAAACCCAUACUAAACAUGUUUUCCCAAGACUUUUCAAAACAAGAUCUAGUAGUCUGGGAAAAUCAUUCAGCCUGCUCAUUCACAUAAAACAAUAUAUUGAUUUACAAAUUCUACGACACUUUUGCCUGGAAAAGGCUGUAUGCGUGGAGGCGGGAAAGCUCCUGAAUAUGUAUAACACACACAUGAUCACUGAACUAUGAGUUAACAAUACAUAAAAUUUCCUGAGUUUAACCAUUAAGUUUAAGAAAGAAAAUAGGAAAAAGUGUCCUGAAUACUAAACAAAGGAUCUGAUUCAGACACACCCAAAUCCUUAAGAGAAACCAGACUCAGCUGGGCCAGAGCAUCCUCCUUUAGCUUUACAAUCAAUAUCACAUGCCAAACAUAUUAGGGCGGUUUCACGGACAGGGAUUAGACUAGUCCUAGACUAAAAUAAAGUAAGAGUUGUCCAAACUGAAAACAACUUGCACUCACAAAUCUUUAAUUACAUCAGUGCCAUUUGUUUUGCCUCAAAAUGCACACAAGUAAUGUUUUUAGUAAGGCAUGUUUGUUUAAACUAGUUAUAUUUCCUAAUUAAACUAUGGCCUAGUCCUGGCUUAAUCUAAUCCCUGUACGGAAAACCACCCCAUUUUGAUAACAGUAAAAUGAAGUUGAUGAGUUUUUAGUAAAAUGAAACAUACACAAAGCCAAACCUAUGUCUGGUACUACCACAGGUAAAGAACUGAUUUUCAUUGGCAGAUUUGCUUAUAACCUCAUUUGUUUUGUAAACUCAAGUAGACUCAACGUGACACCUGAAGGUGCUGGGGAAAGUUUUCUGGAGGUCAAAUGAUGUGAAAUAAACUCAUGAAAUUAUCAGUGAGGUUGUGAAGAGGGAGGAGACUGAAAUCCAAGCAGACAGUGAUGGACUGGAUUCAAUUCAGAGUAAAGAAGAGAGUAAGGAGAAAGACUUCAUAUCUAUCUCCACACAGACAAUCAGAGAUGGAAAAACUCAUUCAUCUGAUUUUACUUUUUGUUCUUAUUUCCAUUCCGGGUAGUUUUGAAGUGAAUUUAGCACGUAAAGGAACAGCGACACAGUCAUCCACAGCAACUGCGGCUCAAAACGCUAUAGAUGGUGUAAGAUAUGGGGCUACUGCAUCAUCCUGCUCCAUUACUGGAAAUGAAUGGAGUCCAUGGUGGAGGUUGGAUCUCUUGGAUUAUUAUGAGAUUAGUACAGUAGUCAUCACUACUAGAUCCGAUUGUUGUCUUUGGGAAACCAAUGGAGCAGAGAUUCGUAUUGGAAACUCCACUGAAAACGAUGGAAACGACAAUCCCAUAUGUGCUGUAACUUCAGGUGGUCAAACUAUCAGUUACUCAUGUGGUGUAAUGGUGGGACGUUAUAUAAAUGUGGUCAUGACUGGACGUACAUCUACUCUCUCUCUCUGUGAGGUUGAGGUUUAUGAUACAGAAAACGUGGCUUUCAGUGGAAUAGCUACACUGUCAUCCACAUAUUACAUCUUUGUAGCUCAAAAUGCCAUAGAUGGUGUAAAAUAUGGACCAGGUGAAGGUGCAUUCUGCGCCUCUACAGAAUAUCAAUAUUACCCAUGGUGGAGGUUGGAUCUUCAGUAUAAAUAUGAGAUUAGUACAGUAGUCAUCACUGCUAGAUCAGACGGUUCUGCUUAUCAAACCAAUGGAGCAGAGAUUCGUAUUGGAAACUCACUGGACAACAAUGGAAACAACAAUCCCAGAUGUGAUGUAACUUCUGGAUUUCAAGCUGGUCAAACUAUCAGUUACUCGUGUAAUGGGAUGGAGGGACGCUAUGUGAAUCUGGUCAUGACUGGAUACUGGUCUUAUCUCUCUUUUUGUGAAGUGGAGAUCUAUGGAAAACGACAUAUUAAAAAAAAACUUUUGAGACUGAAAUUUCUCUCCAGUGUUGAUGCAGCGGCUGUGAGUGAUCAAAUCCUCAACCAGCUGGAGUCUGCUCUGUCAUCAUUACACAUCUCUGAUUUUACACUGUCCUGGACACGACGCCCUUAUAAAGAGAAAGUGACACAGCAUCAGAAAAUUACAGGUUCUUGUGCUAAAAUACCUACCUGAGAGAUACAGAAGAUAAAGAAGACAUUAUUGUUCUUGCUGUAUGUUUCAUUUAAAGUCUCGCUGAAAUUUAUUGUACAACAUUUUUCAAAUUUGACUGUAAAUAUGACUGUGUAUAGGUGUAUAGGUUUAAAUCACAUGCAACAUGCACUUUAUUUACUAGGAUGGAUUAAAUUACACAAUAUAUUAUAUCAUAAAAUUACUUUAUAUAAUAGACACAAUUAGUGUAUUAUCAGUUGUGAACAGUCAAACAGAUCAACAGUCAAACCUACUCUGGUACUUUUAUACAUUUAGCAAACCAGCCGUCAUCCUUACAUUUUUCAGAUAUCAUUUCAGCUGUUAAAGUACAGGACACAUAACUAAUAAUCAUUAUAGAUUUCAUUUAGAUGUAUUUAUUUUCUCUCUAAUCUCCAUGUCAUUUAAUUUUUCAAUUUCUUCAUUUUGUUGUCUUUUCUAUUAUAUAUCAAUACAACACACGACUUAAAAUCCUAUAAUUCAAUGCUGUUCAGCUUUAUAUGACAGAUACUGGAGUGCCGUGAAUGUCAGUGUAUACUUUCUCAACUAAUCAUCAACCUCUGUGGUUUAUUUGUAAAUUGUCAUUUAAUAAAUUUUAAGCUACUUUGUGUUUAGUUCAACUUCUAUAUAAAUAAAGCCAAAAUCACUGUAUGGUUUGUAUAAAACUAAAAAAUAGUCUGACAGAAAUUACAUGAUUUUACACUAUCAGCUUCAUACUGUCAGAAACAAAUGGUCAAAAUACCCCAUCACUUUCCAAAAGCAUAGAUUUAUUAAUCCUAUAAGAAAUCAUUCAAAGAUUAUAGUUUCAUGUGUGACAUCGCUUGAAAUACUUUAAACACUUCAUUCAAACUAUAAAGAAACUUAAGGGCAUAAAGUUUGUGUUGAGAAUAAAAACUACAAAACAAGAAGUCAGACAGCAAGCGACUUCACCGCCUACUGUAUCAUUUCUGUCAAUAUACAGUAAACUCACUGCAGUACUGUAAAGUAAAGCCUACAUCAGGAAUAUCGAAAAAGACACUUGACAGUCAUACAUUACCUGCAUCACUGAAUCAUUAUUUUUAUAAUCAUUAUUAGAUUACUAAUAUAUUUUUUGGAAAAUGAAUAUGUUUCUAAAUAUGAUGACUUGUAUUGCACAUUAUGUAAAUGAAUCAUUAUUACAAUCAUUGUUUUUGUAAUUGCGUUCCUGCUGGAUAUGAUUUGUUUCUGUCUCUCUUUUUUUGCUCUUCUUCUGUGUCACUUUCUUCCUCCAGUAUAUCAUUUUUGCAUGCCCCUGUCCCUCUAUUGUAUCAUCAUUUCUGUUGAAAACCUUUUCUACAUCUCCCCCUGCUCUUUUAUUAUGUAAAGAUAAAGAUUAGUUAAUGUUUAAUGUUCAUUUAACUUUAAACAAACUGUUGUCAGUAAAUAACAUCAAUUUAAAUCUACAGUAAGUUACUGCCAAACAUCUGUCAGUAAUACUGUCAUUCCACAGACAUUUUUA